AUGGGUGUUGCGAUGAUACUUCUGGCGUCAUUCGUCACCACUCUGACGGCGAUUUCCAUGAGCACCAUCUGCACAAAUGGAGAAAUGAAAGGAGGAGGACUCUACUAUUUGAUUUCAAGAACCCUGGGCGCCGAAUACGGUGGAUCAAUUGGGCUUAUUUUCUCAUUGGCAAACUGCGUUGGUGGAGCUUUACAUAUCGUGGGAUUCGCAGAAACUGUGAAUCACCUUCUGAAUGAGGAAGGAGUUCAAAUGAUUGACGGAGACAUAUGGGAUAUUCGCGUUAUAUCCGUAGUGACAUGCACAGUUCUGAUGACUGUCAUCGUUCUAUCGCCUAUGCUCGAAAGUAAACUGCAGCAAGUACUGCUGGUGCCUCUCGUCUUGGCUAUACUCAAUUUCGUCAUCGGAUCAUUCAUUUCUACCAAAGACAAGGUUCUUCAUGGGUAUACUGGUUAUCAGUGGGAAACAUUAGUCGCUAACUGGUGGCCAGAUUUCCGUGAUGGCCAUACUUUUUUCACCGUCUUCGCUGUAUACUUUCCUGCGGCUACAGGGAUCAUGGCGGGAGCGAAUAUCAGUGGAAAUCUUAAGAAUCCUCAGAUAAAAAAAAUCACAAUUGCUCUCAGGUUGCGAUCCCGCGUGGAACGUUAUCUGCGAUUAGCUGUAUCCACGAUGAUCUACACUACCUUCGGUCUGGUAGCUGGAGCCACAUAUGUUCGAGAUGCUGACGGUAUCAUCAACGUUAAGUCAGUCGAUGUGCCAGAGUGCUACUCGAAUGAUACGUGUCCCUUCGGGCUUCAUAACUUCUAUCAGGCAGUUUGCGAAGACAGAUUGAUUCCGGCUAUUACCUUCUUCGGCAAAGGAUACGGAGCUGGACACGAUCCUCGAAGGGCAUAUGCGCUCUGUUUCAUCAUUACUAUCGCCGUCUUGAUGAUUGGUAAUCUCAAUGUCAUAGCUCCAUUUAUUUCAAACUUCUUCCUUUGCGCUUACGCUCUGGUCAACUACGCCUGCUUCGAAGCAAUUCUCUCCCAAGAGUCCAGGUUUCCGCCCAGCGUUUGGCUUUCACUCACCGUGGUUAUCACUGCUUGGAGCAGUGCUGUGCAUUUCGAUCAUGUUCAUUAUGUCGUGGCCAACAACACUACUCACUUUCGCAUUCUUCGUAGCAGUCUACGCUUUUAUAAAGCAUUUAAAACCAGGUGA